AUGACCUCCUACAACCAGUACGGCCAGGGCGAAGCCGCCUCCUACUACCAGAGCGCCCAGCAGGCCUACAAUCAGCAGAGCCAACGCAAGCGUAGUGACAGCGACGGCAGCGACGGCCCCUCUGGCGACCGCGGCAUCCUGGGCGGCAUUGCUGGCGGUGUAGCCGGUGCUGUUGGCGGCAACAAGCUCGGCGGCAAGGCUGGCCACAGCAAACUGGGCACUGUCCUCGGUGCCGUUGCUGGUGCCGUUGCGGGCCACAAGCUCCAGGACGAGGUGUCCGAGAAAAUCGACGAGAAGAAGAAGAAGAAGGAAGAGGAGGAAGCCAAGAAGAAGCGUGAGGAGGAAGAGAAGAGGCGUCGUGAGGAGGAGGAGAAGCGUCGUCGCGAGGAGCAACUCAAGCAGAAGCAGCGCCGCGACAGCUCCCCUUCUCCCUCGCGCAACCGCAACUACGCCGGCGGCUUCUCCGGCUCGGCCCGCGACAUCCGUCUCGAGAACUCUGGCGGCGACUGGAUCCUGCGCGCUUCGUGCAGGUGCCGUGACGGCUCCUACCGUGACAGCACCAUCAGCCUGAACAAGCUGCUCGAGAACGACAAUGGCAGCUUCCGCUGGUCCUCGGGUCGUUCCGCCGGCGGCGGCCACUGUGCUCCCGCCCCGCAGACCUACACCGUCCAGCCGGGAGACACCUUGCGCGCUAUUGCUGCCCGCUUCCCCGGCUGCGGUACCUUCGAGGACAUUGCCCGCGUCAACAACAUCCCCAACCCUGAUCUGAUCUACCCCGGCCAAGUCCUGCAAAUCCCCGGCGGCCAAGCGCCGCAGCACCACGCCGGCGGCAACUUCGGUGCGUCAGCGCGGAAUGUCCGGCUUAGCGACGGCGGUCGUCGGCUCGAGGCCGAGCUGUGCCGGGCCGAUGGCCGGUAUGUGUCGGCCUCGGUCAUCCUGGAUGAGAGGAUAGGCAAUGACAACGGCACUCUGGUGUUUGUCUGA